AUGUGCAGCCAUUGGUGCACUGAGCUGGACCGUCAAACGCGGGAGAGCGCCGCCUCGCUGGAGCGAGUGAGGGCGGCUGGCGCGGAGCGCGAGCGAGCGCUGGAGGCACAGCUGCGGGAGCUGCGCGGGGAGCUCCAGGAUGGGGAGGUGAAGCGCAAGCGGCUGGAGUGGAGCCACGCUGAUGCCCUACACCUCAAGGACCAUGACAUGGAGAAGCUGCGGGAGGAGCUGCAGCUGGCGCGCACUGCCUGGGACACGCACGUGACACAGCAGGCGCGACAGACUGUGCGCAGGGACGUGGAGACGGAGGCCGACCGGCAGGCGCUUGCCAAGAUGCGCGCUGAGCUCAUCGCAUGUCAGGACGCCUCCGCCAGGUACAAGCAAGAGCUGGCGCUGGCCGUGCAGCGGCAGGAAGAGCUGGAGAGGGAGCGCGAGCAGCUUGCGCUGGACUCGCAGCGCAGGGCGGAGGAGCGGGAGAGCGCCCUCCACCGGCAGGGAGACAAAGUGCUGCAACCCAUCAUGCAUGCGCGAGACCAGGCCGUGCUGCGGCUGAAGGAACGCGAGCGCAGCGAGGCGGCGUCUGCCGGGGCGCGGCUGAGACGCGAACGCGACAGGGCCGUGGCGACUCUUCUCAAGCACGGCAUCGCUAUGCAGGAUUCCGAACCGCAGGAUGAGGAGUCCGAUCUGGCGGGCACGGAUGACUCAUCCCUGCGCGCCCAGAACGCUGCCCUGCGCGCCGUAAUCGGGGAGAUGCGGCGGGAGAUGGAGGCGCUCACGGGCGCUGGCGGGAAGGCCAUCAGGGAGGCCGGUGUGGCGCCAGCGAUACGGGGAGCUGAGCCGCAGCUGGAGGCCACCGUGAGGAGGCAGGCGGGGCAGGUAGCACGGCUAGCCGCUACCGUGGCCCAGCUGACGCGGCAGGAGGAUCUGCGCAGGCUGCGUCUCAUCGCUGAUCCCGGUGGCGCCGCUGUUGCCGAAACCUCCCAUCCUCGUGUCGCCGAGUUGCAGGUCAGGUUGAGGCAAGCAGCGCGGCACGUGGCACGACUCUCCCGUGAGCGCCAGCAGCUGCUGGAGCUGGGGAACCGGCUGAGGGCUCGGCUGGCCAGCGCCAGGCCUGCACGGUGAGGGCCGGA